UGUCAAAAUCAGUGAUGGCGGAGGCGGAUGAAACAGACAUGAUGAUGAAUUACCACGGGGGUUUCGAAAAAAUUGACAAAAAAACCUGUCGUUAUCCGUAUUGCAUUGUUUGGACACCAAUACCCAUUCUGUCGUGGGUUUUGCCCUUCAUUGGUCACAUGGGCAUAUGUACCUCCUCAGGCGUGAUCCGAGACUUCGCAGGAUCAUACUUUGUGUCUGAGGGCAAUAUGGCGUUUGGGCGGCCCACCAAGUACUGGCAGUUGGACUUUGACAAGGUGUGUGGCAGUGGGUCUGCAGCUUGGGACAAGGCAGUGAGUGACUCGUCAGAGGAGUACAAACGCAGAACGCAUAACCUCUGCUGUGACAACUGCCACUCCCAUGUGGCCCUCGCCCUCAACCUGAUGCACUACGACAACAGCACCUCGUGGAACAUGGGGAAACUCUGUGUGCUGGCUCUCCUCCACAGCAAACACGUCAGCUGUGUGGCGUUUCUCAAGACCUGGUUGCCCUUCUUAAUGCUCAGCGGAGUCAUUGCUACCUCCAUCCUAGCGCUCAACCUGCACUGACCUCAGGGGACGACGAGGGCGAUGGAGAGAGAGAGAGAGAGAGAGAGAGAGAGAGAGAGAGAGAGAGAGAGAGAGAGAGAGGACCACAGCCUGCUCCCGUUUCAGCAGAACCGACAUGUUAAUGGUCCGACUUUGACAAGCAAACUUGUGUUCAAUGUGGAAAACUAAAGCUGUUUGUUACUUUUGAAACGCUGUAUUUCUUCUUUUCCUCCCCUUAGAAAGUCAAAUCGGUUUGAUCAGAAUGUGUAAAUAUUCAUAUUUCCAUCCUUGAUUUGUUGCAACCAUGUGAGCUGCGUGUCAACAUUUCCUUUUCAAUUUUCAGAGAAAACUUGAAUGUUUGGUAAUUACAAACCAGCUGAGAGCAACAGAAUAAUCAUUUAGUUGUUGAAAUGUUUGUUUUAGUUAUUUAUUUAGAAAAUGUGCAUAUA